AUGGUGACCUCAGUGCUUUUGCCAAACGUGAUCACCUACAGCUCCGCCAUCUCUGCCUGCGAGAAGUGUGCAAAAUGGGAAGUGGCCAUGGCUUUACUUGGAACCAUGUCGGAUGCAGAGCUUGUGGCGAACUUGAUCACUUUCAAUUCCGCGAUCAGUGCUUGCGAAAAGGCUGGACACUGGCAAGAGGUCUUGUGCUUGCUCGAAACACUUUCAGGUCAAGAGCUUCAGGCAGAUGAGUUUACAUACAAUGCCGUGCUCAGUGCCUUUGAGAAGGGGGGCCAAUGGCAGCUGGCCUUGCACCUCCUCAAGGGCUUUGACGCAAAGCAGGUAAUUGACGUCAGCAUCAUCUCGUAUAGCGCUGUGAUCAGCGCUUGCGAGAAGCGGGGCAAAUGGCGAAUGGCUUUGCAGCUCCUGGAGGAAAUUCUGACGCGAGAGCUGCGGGCAGACGUGAUCGCCUACAGCGCUGCAAUCAGUGCAUGUGAAAAACGCUCACAAUGGCGUGCGGCGGUGGCGCUGCUCAACCAGCUCCUUGAGAGUCAGAUGGAGGCGGAUGGCGUCAGCUACAAUGCCGCCAUUAGCGCCUGUGAGAAGGAGCAGUGGCAGAUGGCACUUCUCCUUUUCCAGGAGAUGCUUCGACAACAUCUGGAAGCUAGCGUGAUCAGUUUCUCCAGCAGCAUCAGUGCUUGUGAAAAGGGGAGCCGCUGGACCAGCGCCCUUGAUCUCAUGGAUCUCCUGCAUUGUCAGGCACAGAUGGCGCCAAAUCUGGUGACCUACAAUGCUGCUAUCGCUGCUUGUGCCCACUGCUUUCAUUGGCGACAUGCCUCUGAGCUGCUGAUGUCAUUGAGGAAGGAGGCACUGCAGGCAGACAUGAUCACUGGCUUAUUGAUGUCUGGUCUUUUUGAGGAAGCUGAGUUGGGAUUGGCCUUGGGGAAGAUGCUUGUCGAGGUUGAACGCAUUGGAAGCGGGCUCACGUUGUACUUGAAGCGCAUCCCGGGGGACAAAAGAGCUAUUCAUGAGCCAUCGAGAAUGGAUUGGAUUUGUAAAUGCCUCUCCAGCAAAGUGCAGACAGUUUCGGUGCGUUGA